UGCUUCUUUUAGCUCCCGAAAGCCCCCUGAGCGGAUGGGAAUUUAGAAGCAUGUGAAAUUCAGCACAGCUCUCCUGAAUUAUUCACAAAACGCACCUUCUAAAUGCCGGACCUCAGAGAAUCUUCCUAGACGACACUGCAGAAUUUUUGUGCACAUCUCUGUCACUCUGUUAUUAUCAGCGUAGGAGACUAUGGAUUGAAAUGGUGCAAUGCUCCGGGAGACCCUGCUGCGAGUUUGGAUUUGUUGGAUGUUGAGUUUUGUGCUUCUCUGGGGAGUAAAGAGUGCAGGUGCACACAGCUGCCAUGAAGUCAAAACGGCCUUCCAACUUCGACAGAUCGGCCCUUUAAAAUGGGUCCCAGAAACAGCAGCAACAGGCACGGAGCUUCAGAUAUGCAAACACCAGGGUCCGACCUGCUGCACACGCAAAAUGGAAGAGAGCUACCAUGCUGCUGCACACAGGGACACACUCCAGAGCAUUCUCUCCUACAACCUUGAGCUCAAGUAUCUAAUCCUCGGCCAUGCAACCGAAUUCCAGGACACCUUUCAUUCCCUGCUGUCCUUCACUCUCAACCACACCAUCUCGCUUCUCGACAUGGCCUACAAACCGAUCGCCCACGAGGCCCGUCCCUUAGUGUCCGCCCUGUUCUCUGACCUUGCCCUCUACCUGCGUGGAGAUGAUGAAGUCUCAGUCACUCAGUCUGUGCGACAUUUUUAUAACGAGCUCUUCCUGCUGGUUUACCGAUAUCUGUUGAACCCUGGCCUGGCGUCCUCCCCCUGGUCAUCGGAGGGUGCCGAGUGUCUCCGUGCCACGCGGCAAGACCUCGACCCGUUCGGCGCUCACCCGCGCGAACUGGCACGGGGGCUGGAGCGGGUGUUAGGAGUCGGCCGAUCCCUCAUGCAGGCUCUGACGGUGGGCGUCGAGGUUCUGAAUGCUACAGAGUCACUGGGCCUGGCAAAGGAUUGUGGAAGAGCGCUAGUGAGGAUGCAGUACUGCCCGCACUGCAGGGGUCUGACACUGAUCCGACCGUGCCAGGGGCUUUGCCUUCACGUAAUGAGGGGCUGCUUAGCGGGCCUGGCUGAGCUGCAGAGUCACUGGAGAAACUACAUUGCUCUGCUGGAGGGCACCAGCGCUGCACUGGCGGGAGGGCACGAGCUGGAGAUCACUCUUUUGGGGAUCCGUGAGAGGAUCAAUGAUGCAAUCCUGACCGCCCAGCUGCGAGGGCCACAACUAAGUGCUCUGGUGGAAAAGGUGUGCGGCCCCCUGACUGAAUCCACUCACGAAAGUCCAACAACAAACACAACACAGAGUCCCACUGUUUCAGUUCAGAACUCGAGUGUGGAGUCUGUCCCAUCUCCAAGUCCUACAGCAGAGAACAAGACUGAAGAACACCACAUUACACGCCGAAAGAGAUCUUUGCCUCUGAAGGCAUCUAAGCACGACAAGCCCAGAAGUGUGAGGAGAAUCUCUAGGGAGUUUAUGGGCUACAUUCAAGGGUACAAGACCUUCUUCUUGACGUUACCAGAGUCGCUGUGUGAGAGUGAGUUGGUGGGGGAUGAACACACCUGCUGGAAUGGGGAGGAUGUGGUGGAGAGUAACGCAGGCAAUGGGAUUGGGAACGACCUCCAGGCUCAGAUAGAAAACCCUGAGAUUAAGGUCAGAAGGAUGGACCCGGUCCUGAUCGAGGCCAAACAGAGGCUUGAGAAGUUUAAUCAGGAGAUGUUUGCUGAGAUGGGGCUGGACGUUGAACCAUACAAGCAUGUGGAUGUAGGCAGCGGCUACAGCCCUGAAAUCAGUGGUGACUGUGAUGAUGAGGAUGGGUGUGAAGCUUCAGGAGAAGAUGAAGUCCAGCCUGAGAUAGUCCGGUUUUCUCCCUCAUUAGAGGCAUCAACGGGCGUUAUGAACUCCUCCUCUCUCCUGCUGUUGUUCUCUCUACUCUUCCUGCUGCACCACCUACUACACACCUCCUAAAACCUCUGUACCAGCAUCUCGCACAGGAGGAGACAGUUUGAGGACUGAAAUAUGUACUUGCACUCGGAAAGAAAGGCUUUGUUCACAAGGGAUUCUUGGCAUCCAUAAAAACUCACUGACUUGCACUGCUGGUUUGUUGUUUCCCAAUUCUAAGGUAAUAAUUUAACACUAGCAUAGACAACCCAAUAAACAUCAAGCGCAUCCGUAAGUUUUAUGUCAAAUUUAUUGACUGAGAAAUGACGUGGAAUAGUUACAUUCACUUAAAUACCAAAAGCACUUUAGAGGUUAGAAAGUAUAUAUUUCUAUAAAGAAGGUCAGUGUUGAAUUUCUGCUGAGUCAGAUGUAAACACGGCACAGAUCGUCACUACUCAGCUACACAUUCAAAUUACAAUUAAUCAAUGACUUACCAGUUUAUUGGUUGAUCAUAAGCAGCCCUAAUGUUUAGUGUUUGGUAUGGUAUGUACUAGUAUGCGGUUUAAGACACAAACAAAGAUCAUAAUUUGAGAACUGAAUGUGGUUAUUGUUGUGUUUGAGUCUGCUAAAACAUGCAUUAAAUGCACAUAAAGCUAGCUUUUGGGUUUUGUUUUAAAUCUCGCCCUUAGAUGUAAAUGUUUGAAGCACCGGUCACCACAUCUGGCAAAUGUUAUUACCAGAAUACACAAGGUUCUUUAAUGGAUGCCGAAAACAUUCUUGUGAGUGCAGCCUUACACAGUCUACAUGAUUAUCUUUACCAGACAGUGCUAUCAUUGCUAGCUGCUGAGCCUGUUAAUUUAAAAAAGUACCUUAUUUCUCACAGAGUUCUGAAUUCUUGAUCAUCAUUGUGUUCUGAAGUUUUGCACACAGUUUCGCUUUUUCUUUGUAGGGUUUUAAGUGUUUAUUGUUAGCGUAUCUAGUGCAAUAUAUGUUUGGAAAAUGCAUUUGUGUUUCUAAUUUUUGCCUGAAUUCACAAUUUGAGGGACUUCUUGGAGGUUUUUUGUCCUGAAUUUCUCCCCCUUUCGAGCACCACAGGAUACACCAGAAUUAGAGCAAAUGUUGGGUAGGAUCAAUGAUUAUGACACUAUAUUAAUGCUAAUCAAGGUUCUCAUACAUUUCCUUACUCACUAUUCUCAUUCUCAUUACUGUAACAAACAUCAUCAGCACAUUUACUGUACCUGUUCCACUUCAUUUAAUUAAAUACAGGUAAUGUAACAAUGCAAAACUUUAGGCUUUGUAUGAAUUAGCCACUGUUUUAAAUCUGAAUAAUUAUUUAAAUUACUUUGAAAAGAAGAAUCGUGACUUUCAGAGCAAAUAUCCACUUUCUUUACUAACAGCUUCUUUUAUUACUGGCAAAUAGUCAUACCAUCUGAUCACAGCUCUAACCCAAUUGGAGGCAUCAUAGUAUGAUGUGUAUAUGACCACUUGAAUAAUACGAUAACUGCUGAAAUCCUUUAAUCAGAUUAUUAGUGCUCUUGUAAUGCACUUCGAUUCACCCUCGUUGACUUCACCCUACCCUACUGAAAUGCAUCUCCAGUAUUAGAGGAACGGUUGUGUAGCAGUGAGUCAGUUCCUCCAAACAGUACUGAAAGAGAAACUAAAUCUUAAAAACCAAGUGUUGGAUUAAGGUUUGUACCAGUGCUUAAGUAAACUGUGCCAGAGUAUAUUAAACUAUACAGGUACAAUUCAUAAAUAAUGCAGUCGAUCAGCCAGGUCAUGUUGGUGACAGGUUCGAUUCUUUAGAUUUGCGCUGGAUCUAGAAAAAUAAUGUUGCUGAGUGUUGAUACCUACAGCUUCCAGUUUGGCAUCAUUCAUGACUUCAUGCUGACGUUAUUACAGAACUUCUAUUACAGCAGCAUCUCACUGCCAAAAUAUAAAAAAACAUGCAGAUAAUUAAGAAAACAUAUUCAAGUAAUUAUUAAAUUGAUAAAAAUGCUACAUUUGUAUUUAAAAAUCAGUUUUACCCCCAAUGUAAUGUUGAGGUUUCACAAAUUAUUGAAAUACAUCUAUUUAUUAACAUCGGUGUUUAUUACCAUAAAUAUCGACAAAAUUGAAACAUCUUCAUACAGCUGAGGUCUUUGAAGCACUACAAUGUCCACAUGUCCACAGCUUCUGUAUGCUUCUCCUGGUGAAGGUCGUAAUGGCCCAGACUCCUCUAUUCGUGCACUAGCACAGCAAUAUAAACAUCUUUCUCAGUUGUCUAGUCACAUGGAGAAGGUUGUGUAAACUAAUGUGAUUCAUGGUUUGUAUUUACUUUGUUAUUUCAAGGUACAAUAUUGGAGUUUGAUAGCAAAAACAGACCCACCACUGAUUUGCAUUGAAAGAGUAAUAAUAUAAACUUAUUCUGCCAUUUAAAUGAACUUUGAGGUGCAUGUUUGGUAAUUUAGGCAGUUUGCGUAAUACUAAACUGAAGACUAUAAGUAUGAUUGUUAGCAUCAUAACUCCUGUGUUGGAGUGUGGGGGGGGGGGGUGUUUCUUUAAUAACUGCUGCUUUUACAUUGAGUAAAUCAUGUGAAAUGUGUGAUUUGUGUGGAUGAAUGUAUGGAUGUAUUUCAUGAAGUGCACACAGGUGAUUAUUUUAGGUUUUUUUCAUUUAUUGUAUGUAGUAUUUCUAACAUAUUAAUUAACAUAAGUAACAUGUACACAAUGAAGUACACCUGUCUGGGUUAUCAUGUUGUAAGUGAAUAACCAAUUUAGUUGAAAUAAAAACAAUUAAUUUAACUCAGAAUACUGGAGCUAAAUAUUUUAAAUAAAAUGUACAUAGAUGAAACUAUGUUGGUAAUAUGGUCGGCAUUUCAUUUUACUCAAAUCUGCAGCCUUGGGUUUUACCAGCACUGUUGGCAUCAUGGCUAAAUCCUGGCUCUGAUAUGUUGAGCAUAGUGUGUCAAAAGAUGCUCACAUGUAAAUCACACAAUAAAAAUUCUAUUAAAUUUCAGGAAA